GGCUGCUGGUCCUCCUGGGCCUGCUGGCGGGCUUGGCAGCCACACCCUCGGGCCCACAGUGGCCCAAGCCCGUGUUCGGGCGCCUGGCAUCCCCCGGCUUCCCCGAAAAGUAUGCCAACAACCAGGAGCAGCGCUGGACCCUGACGGCACCCCCCGGCUACCGCCUGCGUCUCUACUUCACCCACUUCCACCUGGAGCCCUCCUACCUCUGCGAGUACGACUUUGUCAAGCUGAGCUCCGGGACCAAGGUGCUGGCCACGCUGUGCGGCCAGGAGAGCACGGACACGGAGCGGGCGCCCGGCAACGACAGCUUCUACUCCGACGGCUCCAGCCUGGACGUCACCUUCCGCUCCGACUACUCCAAUGAGAAGCCGUUCACGGGCUUCGAGGCCUUCUACUCAGCGGAGGACAUCGACGAGUGCCAGGUUCCCCCAGGAGAGGCCCCUGCCUGUGACCACCACUGCCACAACCACCUGGGCGGCUUCUACUGCUCCUGCCGGGCAGGCUAUGUCCUUCACAGGAACAAGCACACCUGCUCAGCCCUGUGCUCAGGCCAGGUCUUCACCGCCCGGUCUGGGGUGCUCAGCAGCCCAGAAUACCCGCAGCCAUACCCCAAACUCUCCAACUGCACCUACAGCAUCCGCCUGGAGGAGGGGUUCAGCGUGAGCCUGGACUUCGUGGAGUCUUUCGACGUGGAGUCACACCCCGAGACCCAGUGCCCCUAUGAUUCCCUCGAGAUCCAGACAGACAAAGAGAAAUACGGCCCAUUCUGUGGGAGGACGCUGCCCCCCAGGAUUGAAACCAAGAGCAGCACCGUGACUGUCACCUUUGUCACUGAUCAGUCGGGGGAGCACACGGGCUGGAGGAUCCGCUACAGCAGCACAGCUCAGCCUUGCCCUGAUCCAGUGGCGCCACCUAAUGGCCAUAUCUCCCCUGUGCAAGCCAAGUACAUCCUCAAAGACAGAUUCUUCGUCUUUUGUGAGACCGGCUAUGAACUCCUGCAAGGUGAUUUGCCCCUGAAAUCAUUCACUACAGUGUGUCAGAAAGAUGGAUCUUGGGACCAACCCAUGCCAGAGUGCAGCAUUGUUGACUGUGGCCCCCCUGACGAUCUCCAGAAUGGCCAAGUGGAGUACAUCACAGCCCCUGAAGUGACCACAUACAAAGCUGAGAUGAGAUACCGCUGCAAUGCGUUCUACACAAUGAGAAUAGACCAUGGUAAAUAUGUGUGUGAGGCUGAUGGAUUCUGGAUGAGGUCCAAAGGAGACAAAUCACUCCCCGUCUGUGAGCCUGUUUGUGGACUAUCAACCCGUACUACAGAAGGUCGUAUAUACGGAGGACAAAAAGCAAAGCUUGGGGAUUUUCCCUGGCAAGUCCUGCUAUUUGGUGAAACUAUGGCAGCAGGUGCACUUGUAUCUGACGACUGGAUCCUAACAGCUGCUCAUGCUGUAUAUAAACAAAAAGAAGAUGCCUCCUCCCUAGACAUUAGGUUGGGUGUCUUGAAGAGACUGUCACCUCAUUAUACACAGGCCUGGGCCGAGGCCAUUUUUAUACAUGAAGGUUAUACUCACAAUGCUGGGUAUGAUAACGACAUAGCACUGAUUAAAUUGAAGGACAAAGUUGUUAUCAAUAGCAACGUCAUGCCUAUCUGUUUGCCAAGAAAAGAAGCCGAAUCCUUCAUGAGGACAAAUGACAUUGGGACUGCAUCUGGAUGGGGAUUAACCCAAAGGGGUUUUCUUGCCAGAAAUCUAAUGUCUGCUGACCUGCCCAUUGUUGACCACCAGAAAUGUGUUGCUGCCUUUGAAAAGAAGUCCGAUCCAGGGGUGCGGGUAACUGAUAACAUGCUCUGUGCAGGUUUAGAAAGUGGGGGCAAGGACAGCUGUAAAGGCGACAGUGGGGGAGCAUUAGUGUUUCUAGAUGAUGAGACACAGAAGUGGUUUGUGGGAGGAAUAGUGUCCUGGAGUUCCACUAAUUGUGGGGAAGCAGGUCAAUAUGGGGUCUACACAAAAGUCAUUAACUAUAUUCCUUGGAUCAACAACAUAAUUAAUAAUUUUUAAAUCCAAUCAACAAAUGAUCCCUUGUUUUAAAAAAUCAUCUUUAAAGACCUUAGCAGCAAACUGACCUGAAAAACAUUAACAUGACAGCUGCCAUUCCACUCCAAAACCAAACCAAAGUAUAGGCGAGAUUGCCUUUCAGGUACUUCUCCAACUUGCUGGGUUUUCACCGCUUAUUCUUUGAUUUAAGGGGACCUAAACCAGUGAGGUGAUAUUCACCUUUACCAACCCAAUAGCAGCUCAUUGGUUAAAUGUGUAUUUACUUACAAAGUCCAGUGUCUUUUUGUCCUUGUGCCUUUCUGUAAACUGCCUGUUCAUAUUAACUAUUAUUCUGUUUUUUGGAUUUAGUGACCUCUGAGAGGUUACAUAUCACAGCAGUAUUGGUUCAGGAACUACCCUGAAUCAUGGUUUUUUGGGGUUAGAUAAAUUGGAUACUUUAGCCUAGGCUGGGUAUGGACUGAUUUCUACGUUAAAAUCAAUACUGUAAUUUUUCACGUAUCAAACUAGCAGACAAAAAAGAACAUGGAACAGCUCUAUUUCACACUGUUGAAGACAACAUGAAUUUUCUCUGAAGUACAACCUGGCAAUAUAUUUCAGAAGUCUUAAAAGCAUUCAUCAUCUUUGAACUGGUAAUUCCAAUGCUAAGUUUUAAAUUUAGUGAGGAUGUUCCUAGCACUUGGAAAUAACCUAAUGUACAAAUUCAGGCGACAAUUCAAUCAAAUGUGGCAUUUCCAUAAGAUGAAAUACAACAUGAAAAGUAU